CUCAUUGAGGCACCUCCCCAGCUUCUGUCAAUCCUCAGACAUCAUGCCUCGCUCUUCCCUCAUUACCCUCGCCUGUGCGCUGGCUACUGGCGCCUCUGCCUUCUCCUACGGCGCGGCUGCCCCCCAGUCCUCCCAGGAGAAGCAGUUCUCCCAGGAGUUCCGCGAUGGUUACAGCAUCCUCAAGCACUACGGUGGCAAUGGCCCCUACUCUGAGCGAGUGUCCUACGGUAUCGCCCGCGACCCUCCCACCGGCUGCGAGGUCGACCAGGUCAUUAUGAUCCACCGUCACGGCGCACGCUACCCCUCCCCCUCUGCCGGCAAGAGCGUCGAAGAGUCCCUGGCCAAGGUCUACAGCAUCAACACCACCGACUACAAGGGUGACCUGGCCUUUCUAAAUGACUGGACCUACUACGUCCCGAACGAGUGCUACUACAACGCCGAGACGACCAGCGGUCCCUAUGCCGGCCUGCUGGGCGCCUACAACAAUGGUAAUGAGUACCGUGCUCGCUACGGUCACCUUUGGGACGGAGAGUCGGUCGUCCCCAUGUUCUCCAGCGGAUACGGCCGUGUCAUCGGCACGGCCCGCAAGUUUGGCGAGGGUUUCUUCGGAUACAACUACUCGACCAACGCCGCUCUCAACAUCAUCUCCGAGUCCGAGGUUCAGGGUGCGGACAGCUUGACUCCCACUUGCGAUACCGACAAUGACCAGACCACCUGCGACAACCUGACCGCCACCAUGCCGCAGUUCAAGGUCGCUGCUGCCCGCCUGAACGCCCAGAACCCCGGCAUGAAUCUUACCGAGACCGAUAUCUACAACCUGAUGCUGAUGGCCUCUUUCGAGCUCAACGCUCGUCCUUUCUCCAACUGGAUCAAUGCCUUCACCCAGGACGAGUGGGUCAGCUUCGGCUACGUCGAGGAUCUGAACUACUACUACUGCGCUGGACCUGGAGACAAGAACAUGGCCGCUGUCGGUGCCGUUUACGCCAACGCUAGUUUGACUCUCCUCAACCAGGGUCCCAAGGAAGCCGGUUCCCUGUUUUUCAACUUUGCUCACGAUACCAACAUCACCCCCAUCCUCGCCGCUCUGGGCGUCCUCAUCCCCGAUGAGGACCUCCCUCUGGACCGUAUCCCCUUCGGUAACCCCUACACGACCGGUAACAUUGUGCCCCAGGGUGGUCACCUCACCAUUGAGCGUCUGAGCUGCCAGGCGACUCCUCUGUCGGACGAAGGUAUCUACGUCCGUCUGGUGUUGAACGAGGCGGUCCUUCCCUUCAACUCCUGCCAGUCCGGUCCUGGCUACUCUUGCCCGCUGGCCAACUACACCUCGAUCCUGAACAAGGAUCUGCCCGACUACACCACCACCUGCAACGUGUCGGCGUCGUACCCUCAGCACCUUUCUUUCUGGUGGAACUACAACACCACCACCGAGCUGAACUACCGCUCUAGCCCGAUUGCCUGCCAGGAGGGUGCGGCUAUGGAUUGAUGGAAUGAUUAGCCUCGCUACUGGUUGACGGAUUGAUGCGUUAUGGAAAGAAGAUGAUAAUCACCAUGUUAAUACGUCUUGUGUACAGACUUGUGCUGAAUGUAUAUAAUGUUAAUAGCU